AUGGAGGAUGAUUUUGAUGCUCAGAAAGAAGCGGCAAUGACUUUGGUAGAUACUUUUAUCGUUGAAAGGAUUGACCAGAUUGAUACCAAAGUUGAUCAGGAACACAUAAUCGAUCGUCUUCAACACAUCAUCCCCCUCCUCAGGAGGAUGAAAGUGCGAGUCGCUAGCAAGGACAACUUCCAGGAGAUGAAUGAUGAAGCUACCGCCGAACUCAACGCAGAAUAA